AUGCCAGGCAACAACCAAGGUGCCCCGAAGCAUCUUCAAGACAAGGGACCUCGACGAUCCCAGCCGAUCUCGAAUCCUCCCAGCCGUGCAGGCUAUGCCUCCGGCUCCACCAUCGCCCGUCAGGGCCAAGACCGUGCAGGCAAUGCCUCCGGUCGCAGUCUCACCCGCCUCCCCACCGACGACCUCGAGCAGCGAACGUUCCACGAUGAACAGGGUCGGCUACUUGGAGUUGACCUGAUCAACCGUAGCCAAGGUGGCGGUGUCCAGAACAACAUCGUUGCUGACGAUGGAACUGAACUCGGCGGCGUCAUCGGUCAGACCGGGGUCCCAACCCUCAUUGCCGAGGAGGCUGCCCGGCUGAAGGCCAAGACUGGCGCCGACACUAUUGUUUUCGCGAUGAAGCCAAGCUUCAAGCGCAAAAACGCCAAGAUGAGACAUCGUUCUGAUAUCUACAUCAAUUCCGCCAAGGUGGGCGAAUCCAGUUCCGCCAAGCUUCUCAAGGAGCCAGACCGAGCCACCGAGGUUACUGAGUCCGAAGCUGGCGAGCCGAUGUGCACCAACUGCAAGUCUAGCUUGCACACCCUGGAUCGGUGCUUAUACGCGCCCAAGGGCACCAUCUUGGGCUGUCCAUUCUGCAAGAAUGACACCCACAAAAUGGAGGAGUGCAGUCAGUUUGCUGCCGCUUCCACCAUGGACAUUGUGCGAGCCUUGGUCUGGGACCGUCCCAAUAUGCCAACUUGGAAUACCAAUAUUCCCUGGAAAAGCUACCUGACAAAGUUCCUCAGCACUGAGGAGUUUCGUGGCCUCGUCGCCCAGUCUGGUUGCCAGGCUGUAUUGGCCGCUCCCUUCCCCUGGACCAACGCCUUUUCCCGCAGGUUUUCCCGGGGCAACGACCUGGCCCGUCUGCAGGCCCAGCUCAACGAUGGCAUCACUGCCAAUCUUCCCUCCGACCCCAAGGCUGCCAAUAUCAUAGCCGCUUGCAAGACCUAUGGUGUUGCUUUGGAGCUUUUCUGGCCCGAGGGACUUGCAGAGGCCUCUGCCCUGGCUUCUGCCUCGACUCCUGCGCCUGCUUCUGCUGAGGCUCCUACGCCUGCUUCUGCUGAGGCUCCCAAGCCUGCUUCUGCUCAGGCUCCUGCCUCGACUCCUGCCCCUGCCUCUGUUGCGACCUCCGCCAAGGGCACUGCUGCACAUCGGCUUGACCCCGGUGAUUUUAAUGCUUGGAUUUCGGGUGGGAAGACGGACCUUGACAAUGUGACAGGCGCGCUUGAGAAGAUCAACGUCUCCAACGCCAUGGCGCUGGACCAGGAUCGGGAGGACUAG